AGAUGACCGAGCCCAUGCCCCGGCUGGCAUCCGUCGGUGGGCGGUGUGCGGUGGGGCCAAGGCAUCGUGUUCCUGACGACGGCUGCCGCACUCUACUCCUUCCUUCCUUCCUUCCUUCCCACACGUCACUUUUUCCCGUCGUCUCUCUCCUUGCGCGUCGAUAAACCACGCACACUCCUCUCCCAGUCCCCCCCUUCUCCACGCCCCCUGCUCGACUGCUCCCGUGAUCUGAUCUGAUCUGAUCGGCGAUCAACUCGGCAUGGCGGACUGGGGCCCCGUGGUGGUGGGCGUGGUGCUCUUCGUGCUGCUGUCGCCUGGCCUGCUCUGCGAGCUCCCGGGCACGCACCGCCACGUCGACUUCGGCGGCUUCCACACCAACGGCAAGGCCAUCUUCGUGCACACCCUCAUCUUCUUCGCCGCCUUCACCAUCCUCACGCUCGCGCUCCACGUCCACAUCUACACCGGCUAGUACUAGUCUAUAUGUAUGUGUGGUGGUCGAUCUGGGACUUGCAGAGGUCAGAUCAGAACCAGAUCGGAUCAUGCCGUCGUUGCUGCUCUUGUUCCUCUUCAACUCGAUCGAUUCGACAAGUGCUUGUACUGCCUUCCUCAAUCCUAGCUAUUAUUACUCAUAUCUAUCAUGUAAAGGCCAUAUGGCCGUCGGUCUGUAGCUAACGCUUGCAGGAACUAGUGCCUGCCCUUUUAAUCGAAUCUGUUGGUUGGUUGGUUGGAGCAAAUCUAUUAGUAUUUGCUGGUUAAUUGAUUGGUAGCGCUUUUUUGUUCA